AACGCUGUUGUGUUGAUGAAUUGUUUUCAAGAUCUAUGAGAUUUAUCAAUGUUAAAACACACGACUUAAAGCAAGUCUUAGACACACCUUUCCAACGUGAAGAUGAACAAUAUAAUCAAAACAAACAUUACGACGUUGA